AUCAAAAGACUCUGACCGCCAAUCAUAGGGUGUCGCAUACAUUUCUGGUGGUCCUAGGCGACCCGGCUACGGGUAGGUCCCGCACGGCCCACUCACACAUGCCAUCCCACCUCUACCUUUCUCUGCUCUUUCCCCUCCACCCUGCUGCUCCCAGUCCCCCCCACCUCGAGACUCCACUGCUGACUGCUGUGCAUCCCAACCAAAGCUUCCCCGCCGAAUUCCCCAACCUCCCGCCGGAUUCGCCAAGCUCGUGGAUUACGGAGCCCGAUUCGUCCGCGGAGCUGCGGCCUGGGCCGCCUAUUCGCUCGGUUCAUUGCCUCGCUGAUUCGCUCCGGCACCCUCUUUCUGCAUGAGCUCGGAUUGGAGGUGGCGUUUCUGAUUCCCUCUGGCAGGAGGCGCGAGGGGCAUGUGGGUUUCGCUGGUGUGGGUCCGGGGCUGCGUGGGCGUCACAUUCGUCGAUUUCCAGACCGGGAGGGAAGCCCACUAGAUCUCUCGGCUCCUGCGCUCCUCGGGAGAGUCGGGGAGGCUAGCUAGCUGUGAUCGGAGAAGGCUGGUGUAGGGUUUUGGGAGGGGAGGGGACAUGGAGGCCGCCAGGUUUGGCACCCAGAGCAGCCACUUGUACGGCGGUGGGCUUGACCUCAACAGGCGCGAGAAGAGGGUGUUUGGCUGGGACCUCAACGACUGGAGCUGGGACAGUCAGCGCUUUGUUGCGACGCCGGUGCAGCAGCAGGCGGCGAAUGGCUCUGGACUGAACAGCUCACCAUCGUCGUCCGAGGAAGCCGUGGAAGAGGUGGCUAGGAAUGGUGGCUUCAGAGGUGACACUGACAAGAGGAAAAGGGUCAUCGAUGAUGACGAAACCGAGGAUCAGUGCACGGUCUUGCAUGGUGGCAGGUCGCUCAGCUUGAAAAUUGGGGGUGCUGCUGGUGGUGUUGGAGCGAUGGAGAACAGCGAUGUAAACGAGGAUAAUGAGAGAAAUGGAAAGAAGGUCAGGGUACAAGGAGGCAGCUCAAGUGGGCCGGCGUGCCAGGUUGAGGACUGCGGAGCGGAUCUGGCUGCAGAAAAGGAUUACCACCGCCGACACAAGGUUUGCGAGAAGCAUGCUAAGGCCAGCACCGCCGUGGUCGGGAACACUGUCCAGAGGUUCUGCCAGCAAUGUAGUAGGUUUCACCUUCUUCAUGAAUUCGAUGAAGGGAGGCGAAGUUGCCGGCGACGCUUAGCAGGCCACAAUAGACGCAGGAGGAAAACCCGGCCUGAUACUGCAAUUGGUGGGACUGCUUCAAUUGAGGACAAAGUCAGCAAUUAUUUAUUGUUGAGUCUUAUCGGAAUCUGUGCUAAUAUGAACUCUGACAAUGCUCAGAAUGCAAACGGCCAGGAGUUGCUAUCCACUCUUUUGAAGAACCUAGGAUCUGUUGCCAAAUCACUGGAGCCAAAAGAACUAUGUAAAUUCCUGGAGGCAUACCAAAGCCUGCAAAAUGGAUUGAAUGCUGGAACCUCUGGAAUAGCUAAUGGUGCAGAAGAGGCUGCAGGACCAUCUAACUCUAAGUUGCCUUCUGUGAAUGAUAGUCAUUAUGGACAGGCAUCAUCAUCUGUUGUGCCAGUACAAUCGAAGGCUACCACGGUGGUAACUCCAGAGCCUGCAUCAUGCAAGCUUAAAGAUUUUGAUCUGAAUGACACUUGCAUUGAUAUGGAAGGCUUUGAGGAUGGGCAAGAAGGUUCACCUACACCUGCCUUUAAGACAGCUGACUCUCCUAAUUGUGCAUCAUGGAUGCAGCAAGAUUCUACUCAAAGCCCACCACAGACUAGUGGCAACUCAGAUUCAACAUCAACACAAUCAUUGUCAAGCUCAAAUGGAGACACUCAGUGCCGAACUGAUAAGAUUGUCUUCAAGCUUUUCGAUAAAGUUCCCAGUGACUUACCUCCAGUUUUGCGGUCGCAGAUUCUUGGUUGGUUGUCGAGUAGCCCAUCUGAUAUAGAAAGCCAUAUUAGUCCUGGCUGUAUUAUUCUAACUGUAUAUGUUCGGUUAGUUGAGUCUGCAUGGCAAGAGCUUUCUGAGAAUAUGAGCCUGCUCCUGGGUAAGCUUUUGAAUAGCUCCACUGACGACUUUUGGGCAUCUGGCUUGGUAUUUGUGAUGGUUCGGCACCACUUAGCUUUUAUGCUCAAUGGUCAAAUUAUGUUGGACAGGCCUCUGGCACCCAGUUCUCAUCAUUACUGCAAGAUUUUAUGUGUCAGACCUGUUGCUGCACCUUAUUCUGCAACAAUAAAUUUCAGGGUAGAAGGUUUUAACCUACUCAGUACUUCCUCAAGGCUAAUUUGUUCUUUUGAAGGACACUGCAUAUUCCAUGAAGACACGGAUUCUGGAGCAGAGAAUGUUGAGUACAAGGAUAGGGACAUCGAAUGCCUCAGUUUUUGUUGUUCUGUUCCUGGUCCAAGAGGAAGAGGAUUUAUAGAGGUCGAAGAUAGUGGUUUUAGCAAUGGCUUCUUCCCCUUCAUAAUUGCUGAGAAGGAUGUAUGCGCUGAGGUUUCUGAGCUGGAGAGCAUAUUUGAGUCAUCCAGUAAUGAACAUGCAAAUGCCAGGGACCAAGCUCUGGAGUUUCUAAAUGAGCUGGGUUGGCUUCUUCAUAGAGCGAACAGAAUGUCUAAAGAGGAUGAAACUGACACAUCUCUAGCUCCCUUUAACAUGUGGAGAUUCAGAAAUCUCGGUGUAUUUGCCAUGGAGCGGGAGUGGUGUGCCGUGAUCAAAAUGCUGUUAGAUUUCUUAUUUAUUGGCCUUGUUGAUGUGGGAUCUCGGUCUGCAGAAGAGAUGGUGCUUUCAGAAAAUCUGUUGCAUGCUGCUGUACGGAGGAAGUCUGUUAACAUGGUUAGAUUUCUGCUGAGAUACAAACCAAAUAAAAACUCGAAGGGAACUGCACAGGCAUACUUAUUUAGACCUGAUGCUCUGGGCCCUUCAAAGAUUACCCCCCUCCAUAUAGCAGCUGCCACUAGUGAUGCAGAGGAUGUGUUGGACGCGCUUACCCAUGAUCCUGGACUGAUUGGAAUUAGUGCUUGGAGCAAUGCACGGGACGAAACAGGUUUUACCCCAGAAGACUAUGCUCGGCAGAGAGGCAAUGGCGCUUACCUGAAUCUGGUCCAAAAGAAGAUUGAUAAGCAUCUUGGCGAAGGCCACGUUGUCCUCGGUGUUCCGAGCAGUAUAUGCCCUGUAAUAACCGAUGGCGUUAAGCCUGGCGAUGUUAGCCUCGAGAUAUGCAGGGCAAUGUCUGCAUCAGUGCCAGGUUGCCUCCUCUGCAGCCGUCAGGCACGGAUGCAUCCAAGUUCUACGGCAAGGACCUUCCUUUAUAGGCCAGCAAUGUUAACUGUGAUGGGAGUCGCUGUGGUUUGUGUCUGCGUGGGCAUACUCCUCCACACCUUUCCCAGGGUUUAUGCCGCGCCCACAUUCAGAUGGGAGCUGCUGGAGCGUGGACCCAUGUAAAUUUUAGGAUGAAAUAAACCUAGCAGUUUUGUAACUUGAGAGCUCUAGCGCAAAGGAACAUAAUUACCGUGUGAAGAAGUUCCUUUGCAUUUGCAGCAAGAUCCGGUUGCUGUUGUAAGCUUAUAUAUCGUCAAUAUCAACUAUAUUUACAGCCUAACAUGCUUCGAUUCCAUUCAUCAUUUUUAUUGUAGAAUUUGUUUCUUCCUUGCGGAGAUUUUGUGAGCCGUCAGAAUAAAACAUGUCCUUGUUUAUGUAAUCGUUGAGACAUAACAUAUCUUGGAAUGACACUGAAAAACUCAAGAUUUUAUUA